UAUUUUAUAGGAUUUAAUGGCACUAUGGUGUAAAUUACAAAUAAUUCAAAAAAGAAAUAUACAAGAAAUAAGUAAUGCAGCCCAACGUUUAAUGUGCCAUGCAUCAUCCAGUGCCUAUUUCUAUUUGUUUGCAGAUAAAUUAUGGGAUCAAUUUGGAGUGUCACUCUUGCCAUUAUAUUUGGAAAUGUAUAUAAGAGGAUUAACAUCAGACUUGAAUUAUUUUGAAAUUAUUAGAGGAUCUGUAAAUUCAGCAGUUGUAGAAAUUGAAUCCCAUUUUGAUUUUAUAUUCACCAAAUUAGCAUCUCUUUUUAUUAGGAAGUAUGAUGAAUUAGCAUUUGAAUGUUUAUUGACUGCAUUUUCAUUUAAUCCUUCAACAGAAAAAUUAGAUCAAUUAAAACAUCUACAUGAAAAAUUAUCUUUAAAGAAUAGUCAGUGUGCAAAACUGUGUAAAAGAACUGCUGAAGAAACUAAUAGUGGUAAUAAUAAUGAUAAAUAUUGUGAAUGCACAUGUGAUAGAAAAUAUUUAGUUGCAUCAAGAUCUAAUAACUUUCAAAAUGAUUCAGAAGAAAAACGACCUAUCUACACUUACCAUUUUCCUCAUUUAGUUCUAGAUAGUGAUCUUGGAGAAGUUCCAUACACAGUUUUGAAAGAUUUUGUAACAGUAUUAGAAUGUACGAGAGACUGGCAGUUAAAAUUAGAGACACGUUGGGAAGAUACAAGAAAGAACUGCAUAAUCUAUUUAGAAAAGUAUAUAAAUGCAAGGAAAUUAUUUCAACAGACAUCAUCAUAUGACAGUGCAGAUAGUGAAAUGGACUCUCCUUCAGAAGGUGAUGAUGAUAUUUCAAGUAAGACAUCAAAGGUUGAAGAGACUGUUACUCAACAAUUAUAUAAAGAGCCACUCAAAAAUGAACUUAGUAAAGUAGUAAAAUCUAAAACACAACAGAAGCAAAAAUAUCAUGUGGAAGAAAAUGAAGUGUUUGAAAUUUCAAAUUUUGCUACAGUUGACAAUGAUCUUGAUAAAGAAAUGAAGAAGAGGAAAAAGAAAAGAAAAACUAAAAGAGAAAAGGAUAGAGAAUUAUCUUCGAAGAAGCAAAAUACAGAUGACACUCAAACGAUAAUAGUUCAUAAAGUAAAAAGCAAUGAUACAGAUAACUCUAAAUCUAAUAUGAGUUCAUUAUCCCAUAUUGCAACUUUAGAUUUGGCAAAUAUGUCUAAUCACAAAGUUAAGAUAUUUCUUUCUGAAUCAAAUUCAAAUGUUCCAGCUCCACCAAAAUCAAGUGAAGAUGUGUCUCAAAUUAUAUCAAAUGCAUCUCAGACUCGAAAUCCUGUAGUUGUUCUGUCAGAUAUACUUUCAGACAAAUUGGCCAUGAAAGGUGGAAGAGUUAAUAACAAAUUCAAUUUUCAUUGCACCAAAGGAAAAGAAAUUCAAAAUUUAAAUAAAUCUGACUUGGAGAAAAGUUCAAUUGAUCCAAAUUAUGAUGAACUUGCAUUAUCAUCUAGUUUUUUAUCUAAUCCUGACAAUAUAUUAAACUCAUUACAAAAAGUUGUAGGGAAAAAACCAAUUUUAGGUAAUGAAAAUGACACCAUUUGCAAUGAAACCAGUAAUGUUAAAUUUCCAUCUUCAUAUGCUAAACCAUCAUCUGGAAUUUUAAAAAAUAGUCACUUAUAUAAAGCAUUAGAUGGGAGAGAGCCAAAUUAUUCAACAGCUGAUCAUUUAACUAUUUCACAGCCUAUCAAUGAAAAUGUGUCUUCACUUCAAUCAUAUGAAAAAUCAUCGUUAAAUAUUAACACAGAACAAAAGUUAAAUAUUAAUGAAACUGAAGUGAAUGAAAAUCUAGAAAGUAAAAAUGAUGUUGAAAAUAGCAAGAAAACUGAAGAGAGUGAAGAUAGUAAUAAUUCAAAAAUUCAGUUGCCUGUGAGUAAUCUUUCCAACAAAAUCAGAUUACAGGUUGAUAAAGCAAGUGGAAUAGUUCCAAUGCCUGUUGCUACACUUACAAUUCCAUUGCCAGUAGGAGUACAAAAUAGUACUGGCAGUAAAGUACUUUCAGGUAAACUUGUAAUACCUGUUAAUACUCUUCAGAAAGCAAUUAGUGCAUCAACUCCACCUAUAACUUCCACUGCUGGAACAACAGAAAAUGUCAAUAAUGCUAAUAAAAGCCGUAUGCUUUCAAUUCCUAAUGUGUUUGUAAUGAAAAAUGUUCAGAAUGAAAUUAAUGAAGAAGAAAAGACUUUGAAGGAAAAUGGAUCAAAUACUUCAUCAAAACAAAAACGUAUAUGGGCAUCAGUAAGAAAUCUUCAUGGAUCCAUUGAGUGGCGUAAGGUUGCUGACAGAGGAAACAACUUAAUUAAAAUGUCUCAAAAGCCUCAAAGCUCCAAAUCAAAAUCAGGAAUAAUUUUAACUACUCAGGCAAAUUUUUCAACUAAUGAAACCCUAAUUAAUGAAUUAAUUACGUCAUCAAAUAUAGUAAAUUCUAAUGCAUCACUUUUUUCUAAUUCUGAGAGUUCCAUGAUGACAUACGAAAAUAAUUCAAAAAGCAGUGAUUAUAUAUUGGGUACAACAAAUUCAAAUGAAGCAAAUACCACAAAAAUGCAAGCUAUUCCAUUACCAUUGAUUAAUUAUCAAGAAUCAGUUGAACCAGAUGUUGGUCCAAUAAAUUUAUCUUUACCCAAAAAUCCAUCGCCUGAGGAUUUAAGCAGUCGAAGAACAUCUUCAGGAUCAAAUAAUGAUAAAAAGCCAUAUCAAACACCAGUAAAAGAUAAUUAUAAUAAUUUAAGUAAGACUGAUAAACAAGAUGUAACAAAUGAUUUCAGUUCUGCUUCUUCAGAAAAUCAUUCAUCAUCUACCAUAUCCUCCAAGUCUAGUCCCUUAAUAUCACAUCUUUUAUCAAAUACGCCUCAUUCAAAUAUAAGAAAAAAUGCAGUUGUUGGACCUUUCAGUUCAAUCAUUUCUUCUCUUUCUAAAAUAUCUCAUACUUAUGCUAAAGAUCAGGAUCAUAUAAUUAGUGAAAUUAAUGAGACAUUUAAAAGAGAAUCUUUAGAAACUUCAUUGGAUUUAAAAGUAGCACCAAAGGAUUAUUCUUUUCAUUACUCUCCAGAUUAUCAAGCAAAGAAGAGCAACUAUUUAGAAGGAAUGCAAUCAUCAAAUGCACCGCCUUCUGAAGCUGCAAAAUUAAGCAUGCUUGUUUCAAAUAAUACAAACAGAUUAAAAAAUGAAAAUAUGCAACAGCCAUUACCAAUAGAUCAGUCUUAUCAGUAUAACACUUCCACAAGAUCUUAUACUACUACAAAUAAUGAACAAACAAUAGCAAGGCAAAUGUUUCCUGUAAGCAAUAGCCAUUCCAACUAUGCUGCAGAUAAAGAAGAUAAACAUGUGUAUAAACCUCCAGUUCCAGUGUAUAAAAAUCCCAAGAGUGAUUCAAAUAAUUGCAACAAGAGAAAAAUUUCCUGCAAAAAGAAUCGUGCUUCAAAUACCAAAUUGAAAGUAGAUAAUGAAACAACAGAACGAGAAGUACAGUUGAUGAUGGGCCAGAUAUUCAAUGAAAUGAAAAACAAAGGAAAUUUUCCCUCUAAUAUGAAUAAUAGGAAUUAUAAAUCAAUAAAAAAUCAGUCAUUUUAUCAGCGAAGUAAAGUUAUGAAGAAUAACAAUAAUGAAAAAAAGCAAUCACCUGAGAAUUCUAAAGAUGUAAAUGAUGAAACUGAAGCUGACAAAGCAGAAAAGAAAUAUGGAUGUUGUCUUUGCUCGAGUCGUCUUUCACAUCAGUAUAGUUUAAAAAGACAUUACAAAAGUGUUCAUCAGAUUGAAGUACAUGCAAGAGACACACCAGAAAAAAUUUUUCAGAUAUUUGAAGCUGUUAAAGUACAAAAUGCUGCAAAAAAUAUGCCAGAAAAAUCAUCAAUUAAAAAUGAAGUAAAAGAAGCAGUAAGCAUACCAUCAACAGCAACAUCUCAGUCCAGAACAUUUAAAACAGUUGAUUCAGUACAAUCUUCUGAAGUUCAAAAUACUGCUUUACCAGCAAUAGACAUUGCAUUUCCUAACUUUAACGCUUUCCAUCAACCAAAUACUCAAUGCAGUGUUUCUUCUGCAAUAUUAAAUCAUUCAUCAGCAGCAGAGAAAAGCCCGAAUUCUGCAUAUGUUUCAGAUACUGUUAGUAUUUCUUCGUGUUCACACUCAAACAUUUCAUCCUCUACAGAAUGGAAUCAAAGAACUUAUCCUGAAAAUAUACAAGAAAUGAAUUUGAAUAUCCAUUCAAAAGAUAGUUUUGAUAUAAAAUCUUCUAGUGUUGACAGUGUUAAUAGAAAAAAUAAUCAGAUUUGUAACUCAAAAAAUGAAAGUUUUGAUGUUUCCAAGACAUUGCCUUGUGUUUUGCAAAACAAUUUCUCCAGUAAUCCGUCCUUUACUAAUUCUGAUUUUAGAUGUGAAGCUGAGAAGGAAAAUGAUAAUCAGAUGACAAAAGAUACAACAGUUUCUUCUUCUGAUAAUGUGAACAAUAAUCUUAUUGAUCCUCUGAAAUUAUCAGUGAAAACAAGUGAAUCUGAAUCAGUUUCACUUAGAAACAAUGACUUUGAAACUAAAAGUGUGUCUGAAACUAAAAGUGUGUCUGAGAAGGAAAAUAAUGGAACUAAAUGUGAAGUAAACCUAAAACAAAUGCUAGAUGAAUCCUCAAAAGCAUGUGAAGACUUUCCUAAAGAAGAUUGUGCAAUGGAUGUAAAUGUGAAGAAUGAAUCUAAUUCUGAUGAAAAUCAAGACGUCGAACAGUGUAAUAAUUUCAAACCAAAAAGUAAUUUGGACAAGAAUAAAGUUAAUGAUUCAGAUAAUGCAGUUGAUAGCGAAGUCAGCAAAUUAGUAGCACAUUUAUUACACAUUGAUAAUAAACCACAUAUGCAAGAAGUUAACGUAUCAGAAGCUCAUAAAGAUACUUCUAAACAGGAGAAUCAUCUUUGCAAAGAAACGGACACAGAUGGAAAAUCAGAAUCAUCAAAAUUACUACGGCAAAGAACUCGUCCUCGACAAUCACCUAACUCUCACAUGAAGCGAUCUUGUCCUUGUUGUCGGGAUUCUGAGACUUCUAGUUCUGCAGCUAAAAAGUGUCGGAACAUUUCUAGUAAUAUUUCUAAGACAAUUCGUCAUCCUUCAACACAUUGGAUGAACGUUGCUAAAACUAAUGUGAAUUUACAGACGAAAAAAUCAAAGAAACCUGCUUCUGUCAUAAGUACUCGGUCAUCAAAAAGAUUGAGAACGAGGUCCAGCACCGUGUUAUUGACUUGAUCCUAUAAAUGUCAAAUGGUCGUGUUUUAAUCCAUUGAUUAAACUGUAAAUUUAUAUCGCUAAUCAUGUUUAUAUUCUCAUGAAUUUAAGUUCAGUAGCACAAUAUGGAAAUCAAAACUACUAGAGUUUGUAAUGAACUUGAUUUACGUGAUUUAAGAAUAGUUUUCUUAAUUUGAAUGUUAUGAGUUAGUGUAAUAUAAAUUUUCCUAAUUUGUUAAUCAUCAUUUGUUACUAGUACUGAAAAAUAGUUAUAUCAGUUUUCUUUUUUUAACAAAAUGAAUUGGCACAAAGCAUAAUUGAACCUAUUUUUAGGGAAUAUGCUUUAUGAUAAUUUCAAUAUUUAUUAAAUAUGCAUUAACAAUACCAUCAUUGUGUGGUAUUUAUAAAAUAAACCAUAAGAAACAGAAUGUUCAAACUUAUGUUUAUCAUGAAUGUCAACAUUAUUUGAAUUGUAAAAAAAACAUAUUUUAAUCUAUUCUUCAGAAUUUGGGAUAUCUUGUUCAAAAAUCAUGAACAUUGUAUAUUGGCCAAGCCAUAUAUAUAUGUAUAUAUAUAUAUACACCCACAUAUAUAUGUAUAUAUAUAUAUAUAUAAAGGGUUAAAAGUGCCUUGAAGAAAUUUUGAUGACAUUAGUAAUGUUAACUUCUUUGGCAUUAAUGAUAAAUCUCUCCUGCCCUCCUUGAAUCUCAUUAGGGAGAGUCAUGUUUCAUUUUGUACAAAUAACCAUCAGCAUUUUUGUAGUUGUCAUUGUACAUACAGUGUAGCGCACUGAUUGGAAAAAAUUAUAUAUAUAAAUAUAUAUAUUAAGUGUUCACUUUUACAUGUAUUCAGUUGCUUUUGUCUUACUGUGGUGAAGAGCUUUUAUUUUCGUCAAUUGUGUCUACAGAUAAAACAAAUGAAUCUUAUCAGUUUGUAUAGUUGGUGUAAGUGUCAAAUGAUUUCUGUGUUCAUUUCACUCUUUUACACCUUGUUUUAUGGAAUCAGAAAUAUUAAAUAUAAGUACAUAAUGCAGUUUGUCUUGACUCCAAUUCAUUUAACAUUUUAAAAAGGAAAAUCUGAAAUAGUUUAGCAAUGGAUCUGAAAAUUGACAAAAUAAAUUUGAAAUAUGUCAUUGUGAAAUAUAAAGGUUAUAUUGACAGACAACAGAACAUAUUACAAUUUAUGUUUAAUUCUUAUUUAUUAUUUACAAGGACACAGAAUGUGUUUCAGUGUGUAGUGAAAGUAUAUACUGAAACAUUAGUCAUGUUUUACUGAAGAACAAAUGUUUGUGAUCUAGUGUUCAGAGCACAAUUUGCCCUGAAUGAUUUACUUGGGCUAAACUAUGUAAUGUGUGUUUAUUAAAUUUGAUUUAUCAUUGUAGCUUAAGUUUUGAAUAUAUUAUAAAAUUAAGAAUUUGAAUAACAACAGAAAAAUAGGUUUAAGUUAAUACCAAAUGAAAUUAAAUUAGAUCUUCAAGAGGGUAAAUGUUCAUUUUGCUGUUUAAAUAUCAUAAAUAAAUUUUCCUAUGAAUCUCGUUUCAUUAAAUUUUAUCUUCAUUUUAGAAUUACGUUUUCUCCUCUUAAUAUUAAAGCAUAGUUUCAGAAAAUUAAGUUAUUCUUGUAAUUUGGCAAUAAUGAACUUAUCCUAUUAGGAAUCCGGAUUCGGAUAUAAUCUGAAUCAUCUACAUCAGCUGUCCCCAAUCUUUUUAUCGCCGCGGACCGGUCAACGUUUGAUAAUU